GUAGAAAAAUUCUUGCAGUGACUAUAUUUGUUUGUAGUGAAGGUUAACUAUGUCAAUCAGACCAUGUCUGCCAUCUUUAUGUGGAAGGGUUAAUCUUUCUGUGGUGGAUUUAGGAUGAUGUUUAUGCUUAUUAUUAUUAUUAUUAUUAUUAUUUUUUUUUAACUAUAUAACUUUUAUUAUAUAUUCAUUCUUCAGGCAGUAUUAGGAACAAAUCCCAUUAGUGUUGCUGCUCCAGCAAAAGGAGAUGAAUUUGUUUUGGAUAUGGCUAUGACAACAGUUGCUUUAGGCAAAGUUGAAAUGCAAUAUCGUAAAAAUGAACCCAUUCCUGAAGGAUGGGGUUUAAAUAAAGAUGGAAAGAUGACAACAGACCCAAUGGAAGUAUUCAAUGGUGGUACUUUACUGCCCCUUGGAGGAGAUGAAUUAACAAGUGGUUAUAAAGGUUAUGGUCUAGCUAUGAUGUCAGAAAUAUUUUGUGGUUUAUUUGGUGAUUCAGCUUAUGGUCCUAAUAUUCGUACAUGGUUAAGCACAUCUACAGAAGCAAAUCUGGGUCAAUGUUUUGCAGCAAUUGAUCCAAAUGUUUUUGCAUCUGGAUUUGAAGACAGAUUGAGUGAUUUAAUGAACUGUUACAGAAAACAAGAACCUGCAGAAGGAAAGGAUGAAGUAUUAGUUCCUGGUGAUCCAGAAAGACAACAUAUGGCAAAAUGUGAUUCAGAAGGUGGAAUUCGUUAUCAUUUAAAUCAGAUAAAAUAUGCUAACGAUUUAGCCAAGAAACUAGGAGUUGAACCUCUACCCACAUCAUAGUUUAUGUACCAAAAUUUAUAUGAAAUGAAAUAAUUAAUAACUCUAAAAUCAACUUGAAAUUUAUAUAAUUUAAGUGAAUAUUUAUAUGAAACAACAGAGUAAUUCAUAAACUGAAAAUAUUUAAACAAGAAUUAAAACAUUUGCAAUUGAUUUUUAUAUGCAUAGAAAUUAAGUAUAUCUCAAAACUGGAAAAGACACUUCCAUGGGUAUGUUAGAAAUGACCUUGGAAAGAGUUAAAGGAGUCAAGAUAUUCAACAAUAUUUGAUGAUGUGACAAUUCAAAUUGUUAGAACAUUGAAUGUUGUUAAACAUCCUUAAACAUGACUUCUUUAACCCUUUGAAUUUGUUUCUAAUAUUUAAGUAUAUCUAUUGUAAACAAUUGUAGUAUUGAGAAUUGGCAUUGUAAAAAUAAUUUUUUUACUGUAUUCAAGACUGUUUCAAAACUACUUUCCAAUGUCGAUAGCUAAACAGUUAUCAGUUCCAAUGAUACUUCCAAAGAUUUAUAAACAGCAAUAAUUUUUAUAAAUAUAUUAUAAAAUGGUUUUCAUUUAAUUAUUACAUACAAUUUUUAAACUAAUAAAUUUCUGAUAUUUAAUCCAUGUUCAACCAAGUCAACCAACAUAUUUUUCCAGCAGUGAAAUAGAUGAUUUAAGAAUGUUUUUAAUUACAUUCAUUAGUCUGCUUCAGAUCUAACUGGAGCAAACUAUUAAAUGGUCUAAUAAUUUUUUAUCUUUAAUCCUCUUUCUCAUUAAAUUAUACAAUC